AUGCUGAGGCACUUCAUGAGGCUUGAUAUUGACAACGAUCUACUGACGGCAAUGGCAGAGCAAUGGCGCCCCGAGCUGCAUACCUUCCACUUUCCCGAGGGUGAAAUGACGAUCACCCUCAAAGAUGUUGCCAUCCUUACCGGGCUCCCGAUCACCGGAGAUGCCAUCAUCAACAACUCGAGAAAACCGGAAGAUGGUUGGGGGCCGUUGAUUCAAGAGCGUUUGGGGUUCAACAUGCCGACCACCACGCCCGUCGAAGGGGUUGGGCAUCCACCACUGAAUGCGGGGCAAGUAUCGAUCCCAUGGCUUGUUGAACACAUCCAGUUGGAGGUUAAUAUAGGCCCGGACACUCCUGAAGAUCAGGUGGAGCGGUAUGCACGUGUCUACCUAAUUGGCUUGGUUGUUGGGUUUCUGUUCCCCGACAAGGCAAACCGGUGGAUACAAGGCAUGUGGUCCCCUAUGCUCCUCGCAUCCCCGCCUCAAGGGUUCAGGGAGCUCCACGCCAUUGACCUACACUACACCAAAAAGGAUUGGGUCCGCAAGCAUGAAUUCUACAUCAACAUAUGGGAGAAUAGAGAUCACUGGGUGGUCCAAGGGGUGUCGGAGACGAGGCCAAUGGGGUACCACGAUGGGUACAUGCGGUGGUAUCGGAAAUUCACGCUAAGAUGGGUGUCAAAGCAAGGUGCUGUUUGGGGCGCAGUGUGCCGUAAAAGAAAGCUGCAGGUAGCUGUAGUUGGGGUACCAAAGACCAUAGAUAAUGACAUUUUAUUGAUGGAUAAAACUUUCGGUUUCGAUACUGCUGUAGAAGAAGCACAAAGAGCAAUAAAUUCUGCUUACCUUUGCAGAAGUGCUCUCGCGGAGCAGAAGACCAAGGAGAGGGCGGCGGGGGUGGAGUCGGAGGCGCGCGCCGAGGAGCAGGGAGAGGGCGUCGUGACUGAAGUCUGA